GCUCCCGGCGCAGGGCAGGCGGGCCGCUCUUGAGCUCCUGAGCGCUCGCAGCCGUCCCCCGCAGGAGGUCCCUCCCUCCGUCCCGGCAUGGAGCAGCCGUACGGCGGGCAGGCCCUCGCCGGCGGCGGCGCGCUGGGGCCCGUGGAUGUGCCCAGCGCCCGGCUGACUCGGUACAUCGUGCUGCUGUGCUUCGCCAAGGUCUUGAAAGCCGUGGGGCUGUUUGAAUCCUAUGAUCUCCUGAAAGUGGUCCACCUCGUGCAGUUUAUCUUCGUAGUGCAGCUGGGGUCUGCUUUUUUUAUGGUUUUGUUUCAAAAACCAUUUUCUUCUGGAAAGGUGGUAACCAAGCGUCAGUGGAUCAAAAUCUUUAAGCAUGCUGUUGUUGGAUGUAUCAUUUCACUCUUGUGGUUUUUUGGCCUCACUCUCUGUGGACCACUGAGGACGUUGUUACUGUUUGAGCACAGUGAUGUGGUUGUGCUGUCACUUCUUAGUGUCUUGUUCACAAGCUCAGGUGGAGGACCAGCAAAGACAAGAGGUGCUGCAUUUUUCAUCAUAGCUAUCAUCUGCUUACUGCUUUUUGAUAAUGAUGACCUUAUGGCUAAAAUAGCAGAACAUCCUGAGGGGCACCAUGACAGUGCUCUUACUCAUGUUCUGUAUACAAUCAUUGCUUUCCUGGGUGUUGCAGAUCACAAGGGUGGAGUACUGCUUCUGGUACUGGCAUUGUGCUGUAAGGUUGGUUUUCACAUGGCAUCCCGAAAACUAUCUGUAGAUGUAGGUGGAGCAAAGCGUCUUCAAGCUUUGUCUCAUCUUGUUUCCGUCCUUCUGUUGUGCCCAUGGGUUAUUGUUCUCUCUCUGACAACAGAGAGUAAAGUAGAGUCUUGGUCUUCUCUCAUCAUGCCUUUCAUAACAGUCAUCUUUUUUGUCGUGAUCCUGGAUUUCUACGUGGAGUCCAUAUGCUCUGUGAAGAUGGAAGCUUCCACCUGUGCCCGAUAUGGAUCCUUUCUUAUUUUCAUUAGUGCACUGCUCUUUGGAAACUUUUGGACCCAUCCAAUAACAGACCAGCUUCGAGCUAUGAACAAGCCACCACACCAUGAAAGCACAGAGCAUGUUCUUUCUGGAGGGGUGGUAGUGAGUGCUGUCUUCUUCGUUUUAUCUGCCAAUAUCCUGUCCUCCCCCUCCAGGAAAGGGCAGAAGGGUACCCUUAUUGGCUAUUCUCCUGAAGGCACUCCUCUCUAUAACUUCAUGGGUGAUGCAUUACAGCAAAGCUCCCAGUCAUUGCCCCGGUUUAUUAAGGAAUCACUGAAACAAAUCCUUGAGGAGUAUGAUUCUCGGCAGAUCUUCUAUUUCUUGUGCCUAAACCUGGCUUUCACUUUUGUGGAGCUUUUUUAUGGCGUAUGGACCAAUAGUCUUGGUCUUAUUUCCGAUGGAUUUCACAUGCUUUUUGAUUGUUCUGCAUUAGUGAUGGGGCUUUUUGCAGCUCUGAUGACAAGGUGGAAAGCAACUCGCAUCUUUUCAUACGGGUAUGGACGUGUAGAAAUUCUCUCUGGAUUUAUUAAUGGCCUCUUUCUGAUGGUGAUUGCUUUCUUUGUCUUCAUGGAAUCAGUGGCGAGACUGGUAGAUCCUCCAGACAUAGAUACAAACAUGCUAACUCCAGUCUCUGUUGGAGGGCUGAUUGUAAACCUUGUUGGUAUCUGUGCCUUCAGCCACGCACACUCCCACGGUGCUUCUCGGGGAGGCUGUCCCACACAUGAUCACAGCCAUUCUCACCAUGGCCACAGCCACAGCCACGGGCAUGGCCAUUCCCACAGUGACCACGGCCACAGCCACGGACAUUCCCAUGGAUCUUCUGGGGGAGGCAUGAACACCAACAUGAGAGGUGUGUUUCUGCAUGUGUUAGCAGACACUCUUGGCAGUGUUGGUGUUAUCGUAUCCACGAUAUUUAUUCAGCAAUUUGGAUGGCUCAUAGCUGAUCCGCUCUGCUCUCUCUUUAUUGCUACAUUGAUUUUUCUUAGUGUUAUCCCACUAUUGAAAGAUGCCUGUCAAGUGCUUUUGUUGAGGAUACCUCCAGAACAGGAGAAAGAUCUGCAUGCUGCUUUAGAAAAGAUACAAAAAAUAGAGGGAGUUAUAUCCUACAGAGAUCCUCAUUUUUGGUGUCACUCUGCAGCUGUUGUGGCAGGCACAAUACAUGUGCAAGUGGUAUCAGAUGUGAUGGAACAGAGAAUUGUACAGCAGGUCACAGCAAUUCUGAAAGAUGCUGGUGUAAACAACUUAACUGUCCAAGUGGAGAAGGAAGCUUAUUUUCAACACAUGUCUGGACUCAGUACAGGAUUUCAGGAUGUUCUUGCCAUGACUCAGCAGCUAGAAUCCAUGAAAUACUACAAAGAUGGUACUUACAUCAUGUGAUACGAAGUUGUAGUGGCCAAAGGAGAUGUAAAUGGUCAAGCUGUUGGAUUCCAUAUUUGUAUUUUUGCUGGGAGAUCUUGCACAUACAUGUACAGAAACAAAUGCACUAUAUAUUUGAAUUUUUGUAAGUGUACUAUCUUUGUUAAUUGGAUUGAGAUGCUUUUAUAAAGGAAAUAAGAAGGAUUUGAGUACUUGCUGUAAAUGUGAAAAUAAUCAAAAUCUUAUAUAAUAUACUUGGUGUUUAUUAAACAGAAGUCUUGAAACUUGCAGAUGA